UUGUCUCACAAUCCAAACCUAGCCUUAAUUUUCUUGAGCUCUUCUGUUUCCUCUCUCCUUCUUAUAUCUUGGAGAAAACCAUAUCAUCAGCUUUAUCAAAGAAAACUUCUUCUUUCUUUCUAGAGAGAGAGAGAGAGAGAGAUGGGAAACUGUUGGGGAUCUCCAGUAGGUAAUCAUAGCAGCCCAAGCGCCACCAAACCAUCCACCCCAGUAGACGACGACGACAACAACAACAAUACUGCUGCGGCGGCGGCGGAGGUGGUGGUCGGAGGAGGAAGUGCGGCGGCUUCGGAGGAGAAAGAGAAAGAGAAAGUGGAAGUGGAAGUGGGUGGGAGUAGAAAAGCAGUAAAUGUAACUCCGAAUUUGAAAGUGUUUACGUAUUCGGAGUUGAAGAGAGCGACCAGGAAUUUCAGACCAGACACAGUAUUGGGAGAGGGAGGAUUUGGAAGAGUGUUUAAAGGAUGGGUGGAUGAGAAGACCUACGCACCCUCCAGGAUCGGCGUCGGAUUGGCCAUCGCCGUCAAGAAAUCUAAUCCCGAUAUCCCUCAAGGUCUCCAACAAUGGCAGUCAGAGGUGAAGUUCUUGGGAAAAUUUAGUCAUCCAAAUCUAGUAAAGCUGUUGGGUUACUGUUGGGAAGAUGAUCAAUUGCUCCUCAUUUAUGAAUACAUGCAAAAAGGAAGCUUAGAAAGCCACCUUUUCAAGAGGGGUUUAGAACCACUUCCAUGGGAGGCAAGGCUUAAUAUAGCUAUAGGAGCAGCUCAAGGCCUCGCUUUCUUGCACACGACAGAGAAGCAAGUCAUCUACCGCGAUUUUAAGGCUUCCAAUAUAUUGCUUGACGGGGACUUCAAUGCAAAGCUUUCAGAUUUUGGGUUGGCAAAGUUAGGUCCCAUAAAUGGCAAUUCACAUGUGACAACGCGCAUCAUUGGCACGUAUGGCUAUGCUGCUCCUGAGUACAUCGCAACUGGUCAUUUGUAUGUGGAGAGCGAUGUGUACGGUUUUGGAGUGGUGUUGCUUGAAUUAUUGACAGGUUUAAGGGUGCUCGACAUGAAUCGACCCAAGGGUGAGCACAAUUUGAUAGAGUGGGCUAGGCCCUUCCUACCCGACAAGAGGAAAUUGAACAAAAUCAUGGACCCAGGGCUUCAAAAUCGCUACCCUUUAAAAGCUGCAUUCCAAGCAGCUGAACUUAUACUUCAAUGUCUUGAAUCCGAUCCAAAAAGCCGACCCUCAAUGGAAGAAGUUUUGGAGACUCUCCAACAAGUCAAUGCCAUCAAGAUGAAGCCUAAGGGCUCCAAAGCCGGUGCAAAACAUACCGCCACAGCCACCCAGCGCCACCAACAAGAUCGUCAUCCUCUGGUGAGUUCUCAUCGUUAUGGUCAUGAUCGAUCUCUGCUUCACCACCAAAGGUACGGUAGAAAUGGUGGAGGUCAAGGUGGAGCUCGCUCGCCCUUGACUAGACCUCGCGGCUAAUUAUUUACAUGACAAGUUUUAUGGACACAUAUGUGAAUGGAAAAAGAUGUGCAUCAAAAAUCACUGGUGAUUUUUGUAAAAGAGAUUUUAGGUGAUUGCAUCAGUGUUGUAUGUGAAUUGCAAUUAUUGUUUCUUAUGGGCUCUACACUUCCAUAGGAAACCCACAAAAAUGUACACUAGCUAUUGCAUAUGUUAUAGGUAAAUGUUAAUUAAUACUCCUGAAGUAAUGUUUAAUAUCAUGAUUGUUGUGAAAAAUGUAAAAGAGUUUUGUGUUC